UGCAGCUUCGCCCUGAUGGCUAACAACGAAACAGUGCAGGAUAUGCAUCAGAUAAGCAUACCUAGGGAUUCCAUCUCCAGCUAUAUAAUUUUCAAAAAACCCCAAAACAGCAAGCUGAAGGUGGUGUUGGAGGGGGCUUUACUACCCCCAUACUACAGUAACUUGUCCACGGAUUGGCUAAGUGUUUGGGUUCAACUUAUGGUCAUCAAACAGAAGCCUUUGAACCCGUCCAGUAUUAAAUCCUCAGACGUAGUUUUAUUGCAGAACGUUUCUGAAACGUGGGAUGUACCUGUAGUAAGUGAAAAGCUCAUCGGACACGUACCCGAGGUCCAGCACAGGAACAUCUUCCAUCUCACGUCCACCAAGGUGGACAACGUGUCCUUCAACUUGUUAAGGGUACAAUUCAGGACCAACCUGAAGGCAAAUUUCCCGGUGUCGAUGGGGUAUAACCUCCAACCUAUCAACCCAGACGACGGCAUCGUCUACGCAGCUCUGGUGCUAUUGGGGCUCUACGUUCUCAUCAUUUUCGAGCUUACUCACAGAACUCUGGCGGCCAUGUUGGCCAGCACCAUGUCAGUGGCGAUUUUGGCAGCUUUAAACGAAAGACCCACCAUGGAAGAGAUAGUAUCCUGGAUAGACAUAGAGACGCUCCUGCUGCUCUUCUCCAUGAUGACGCUGGUGACCAUCUUCGGCCAAACUGGGAUCUUCGAUCACACCGCUGUCUACGCUUACAAGCUAACUGGUGGGAAAAUGUGGCCUCUUACGAAUAUACUCUGCAUUUUAACUGCUCUGUUCUCUUGUUUUUUGGACAAUGUAACCACAGCUUUACUAAUUACACCAGUAACAAUCAAGUUAUGUGAGGUUAUGAAGUUGAACCCAAGGCAAAUCUUGAUGUACACCUUAAUAUUUGCGAACAUAGGGGGCGCUAUCACCCCGAUCGGAGAUCCACCGAACGUGAUCAUAGCCAACAACCCAGCUGUCAUAAAAUCGGGCAUCAACUUUGGGAUAUUCACCCUACAUAUGGGCCUAGGAGUCCUUAUAGCGCUCACGGUGGUCUACAUACAGUUAAGAAUCACCUACAGGGACAUGGUGUAUUAUAAAUUCGAUGAGCCUCCCGUGGUACAGGGUUUGAAAAGGGAAAUAGCCGUGUGGGAGAGGACAGCUGCUUCUGUAGGGAGUUACAGUAAAGAUGAGGACGUGGUCAAAGAGUCCUUGAUCAAAAAAAUGACCAGGUUACAGGAUAAACUCAAACACACAGUGAACAAGAACAUCAACGCGGUCGAAGAGGAUUACAAAGCUAAUGUAGUGGAUUUAGAGAAGCAGUAUCCAAUAAAAGACAAGGGUCUGUUAAUAAAAUCUGGGAUUACGUUGGCAUUGGUCAUAUGCGUGUUUUUCCUGCAUUCCAUCCCAAUGAUGAGUAGGCUAGGACUUGGCUGGACAGCCCUGUUGGGAGUCCUGCUACUUCUUCUUCUAUACGACAACCACGACUUAGAAGGCAUAUUCGCAAGGGUCGAAUGGUCCACCCUUUUGUUUUUCGCUUCGCUUUUUAUACUCAUGGAGGCUUUAGCUCGUUUGGGUUUGAUAGUCUGGAUAGGGAAACAGACCGAGUACGUGGUGAUGUCUGUAGCACCCGAAUCCAGACUAGCAGCAGCCAUCGUCCUCAUCUUGUGGAUAUCGGCGAUAGCCUCGGCUUUUGUGGACAAUCUACCACUGACUACUAUGAUGGUCAGGAUAGCCGUGGAUUUGUCCAACAACAGCGAUCUCCAUCUACCCCUACAACCCUUGAUUUGGUCCUUGUCUUUCGGAGCUUGUCUUGGUGGUGAGGAGAAAAUAUUUAUGUACUUUGGACAUAAGUGCCAAAAAAAUGUCAAAGGGAACGGAUCUUUGUUUGGUUCUUCCUCGAACAUAGUGUGUGCCGGUGUUGCAGAACAGCACGGUUACAGGUUUACCUUCAUGCAGUUUUUAAAGGUUGGCCUUCCUGUGAUGCUAUCCAGUUUAACAGUCAUUACUAUCUAUCUAAUCAUAUGCCAUGUUGUUCUUAAUUGGCACUAAUGCUGUGUAAUAUACGUAACUGUC